AUGGUCCCACAUUCAUGAUUACUUACUUGCUAAGAACUAAGCAGUAAUUGCAAGAUGCAAGUAUUUUGGGUACUCUUAGUGGCCAGUGCGUUUGCUAUCGCAAACUGCGAGGAUGGCGACAAUUCUGCAGCACUUUUAGAUCCCAAAGACAUGGAAGCUAUUCAAGAGAAACUAGCUAAAAUGGAAUUCCUAGAACAAAUUCUUGGAGCAAUAUUUGGUUUCAAAAAACCUGAUGCAAGGGAUGACACGUGCCUACCGAUUGGAGCUGAAUGCCAUUUCUGGAGUGGGCCCAAUUGCUGCGGUUUAAGGACUCGGUGCAUAGUCUGGGACACACAGCUUACGGCAGCCUACAAAGGCGGUCCUGCCAGAUGGCUUUCUAAAUGCCGCGAAUACAGACUAGGUGUAUGGCUCGAUGACAUCGGCAGUUGGUUCUCAAGUUGGGGAAAAUAAACAAUUUAUGCAGUGGUCCUGCUAACGAAAUACGAAAUGAAGGUUGAUGAAAUAAAAAACUUUAAUUUUAAAUUUUCCUGUGAAUGAAUAAAUUUUGAAUUUCAAAA